GGCCGGGCGGGGACUGACCGGACUGAGCUAUGGAGACCGCCCGGGACUGCGCCGGAGCCCUGCUCAGGCCCCUGACAUUUAUGGGGUCGCAGACAAAGAAGGUGCUGUUCACACCCCUCAUGCAUCCCGCUCGCCCCUUCCGUGUCUCCAACCAUGACCGGAGCAGCCGCCGAGGGGUGAUUGCCAGUAGCCUGCAGGAGCUCCUCAGCAAGACCCUGGAUGCACUGGUGGUCGCCAGCCAACUGGUCACCUUGGUGCUGGAGGAGGAUGGCACUGUGGUGGACACAGAGGAGUUCUUCCAGACCCUGGGGGACAACACACACCUCAUGGUCCUGGAGCAGGGGCAGAAAUGGACACCGCUUCUGCAGGAAGACCAUGUGAAAAUGCUGUUUAUAAACCUGGGAUUUCAGAGGUCUCUGGCUUCUCCCAACCCCAAGGGUCUCAAGCGGACUGAGAGCUGGCAGCCACACCCCAGCCCGCUGGCCACCUCAGAGACGGGGCAUCGCGAAAGUCACCUUCGACUUGUACAAGCUGAGCCCCAAGGAUGUCAUUGGCUGCCUCAAUGUGAAGGCCACCAUGUACGAGAUGUAUUCCGUGUCCUACGACAUCCACUGCACCGGGUUCAAGGCCAUGCUCAGGAGCCUGCUGCGGUUCCUGUCUCACGCUGCCCAGGUGACUGGCCAGUGUCUUGUCCACAUGGGUACCUACAUGCUCCGAGUGCUGGCUGAAACGGAGGAGCAGGCAGUGCCUGGCUUGCGCCCUCGGAGAGGGAUCAAGAGUGGAUAGGGGGCACAACUCGGAGGUCAGCCAGCCUUGACCCAGCCGGUCCCUCUCGGGGAUGAAUUUAGAAAAUGCUGUGUUCCCACCAGUAUCACCUGCUCAGGAAAGAAAAGGGGCCUAAGCGACUAUCAGGGACUGGGCGGGGGUCCCUGGGGUGGUGGUACCUGCGGUGGGGGCUAGGAUGGCAGGAUCCAGGGGCUGCACAGUGCAUUCAGCUCCACAAUAAACCCAUCAGGAAAGCUGCUAUG